AUGGAGACAGGUGGAUCUAGCAUGCCAUUACCCAUUCAUAUGGGGACAGGUGGAUCUAGUAGCAUGCCAUUACCCAUGCAUAUGGAGACAGGUGGAUCUAGUAGCAUGUCAUUACCCAUGCAUAUGGGGACAGUAUCGAUCAUAACAUAUAUUAUUAAAGAGAAGUACACACAAUUUUGGCCUUCUUAUGGAGCUGUACAUGAAGAUGAUAAGGAAAAAUGGUUUCAGGCAAUUCAGGAGCAAAGUUGUUGGGAUAUUAGAGAUGAGGUCGCGAUUAAAGAAAACUUUCACUCAAAAUGUGCUGCUCGGUUUUCAGAUACCAUGAGGAAUGUUAGACUUAAAUGGGAAGCAAAAGGGACACGUCCAUGUUGGAUAGGAGAAGAAAUAUUCCCAAAGCUUAUUGAUCAUUGGAAGUCAGAUAAAUUUAAGGAAAUAUCUGAGCAGAACAUUAUGAUACUUGAACAUGUUUCUUUCAAUGUCAGAGCUGGGGAUGAGAUCAAAUGCACAAUUGCAGAGUUGCAGCAGUUGAGAGCUGUGCCGGAAAAUAUACCUUUGGAUAUAGUUUUUGAAGAUGAGCAUUUGCUAGUCAUAAAUCAAUCUGCUCACAUGGUUGUGCAUCCAUCACUUGGAAAUACGUCUGGGACACUUGUCAAUGGCAUCCUUCACCACUGCAACCUGCCAAAUGUUGAAUAUUCUAAAGAGGAAGCUCUUUCAGAUCCAGAAGAUUUUGAUGAUGAACUUAAUGGCUUCUCAUCUAAGGCAACUUCUUAUGAAGGGUAGAUUCUAGAUUGUCUUCGCCCAGGGAUUGUACAUAGAUUAGACAAAGGCACGAGUGGGUUGCUAGUUGUGGCCAAGGAUGAACAUUCUCAUAAGAAAUUGUUUGAACAAUUCAAGCUACGCACUAUUAAGAGGGUCUAUGUCAGUCUCAGUGCUGGGGUACCUACUCCAGUUGCUGGGCGUUUUGAGGUUCCGGUUGGUCGGGAUCCUAAUAACCGGCUUCGGAUGACCGUUGUUGCUGGAGCGGUUAAUUCUAUAAAGGCUCGUCAUGCUGCUAGUAGGUGA